CUACAAGCAAGUGUAGUAGCGGUGAACCGAAAAUUUUAGCUUCAGUGCAUGCACAACCUUACAGUAUAAAAGAAGGCGAAUAAAGUCUUCAUCAUGUUUUGAAGCUUUGCUUUACUCUGCUCUGCUCCUUAUAGUAUAAUCAAGUUUGAGCUUGCAACGAACUCGUCAAGCAGGUGGUGUUUAAGGUUAUUGCCAUUGAAGCCUGUUGCAUAAAUCGCUCCAGUCAAAUAAACGUCAGGGAAAUGCCAAUGGACAAAAUGGACCUGAUCUUCAAUUUUAUAGUUUGUUCUAAAGUUUGGAAUAUCGUCGGUGCUGAAUAUGUUCUUCUUGCGUGAGUAUUCCCUGAAGCAGGUUUUCCAUUUCCGGAAUUGAGCGGACUCCAUUUUCAGGCAAUGGGGAGCAAGCUUAACAUAUUGCAAGACCUCUGAAUGAUUUUAUGGCCAGCAGACACAGCAGUCAUUCUUUCUGGCGUGGGGAAACUCUCAUUCUGGUGCAUAGCGGGAGUCUUCUUUCUGAGCCGUGAGCUAUAAUAGAUCAUAGCAUAAGCACUCACUAUUGGAAAAGGAUUAGAAGAUUUAUUAUUGAGGAUUGAACACAGUAAGUUUCUUGGUUAGAGGUGUAACAGAGGUUUAAGUUUAUUGCAGCGAAGAAAUAAAGACUACAUUCAAAGACUAUCUGCUAUCCAAUAUCAGCUACUUCCAACACUGGGUAUUGAUUUUCUCCUAUCGAUUGUAAUCGGUGCUCAUUGUAAACUGGUGUAACCUUAUUUCUGCAAGAAAGGUAUGCUUAUGAGCAUUAUUUCAUAACAAAAGUUCUUUUAAGAGAACAAUGCUCAUGGCAGCAAAAGUAGACAGUGGAGAUGAAAAGAUAUCAGAGAAAAAAAGGAGUCGUAUUAAAGCUCUUGAACAGAGACUUUCCACUGCAGCUUUGCGUAAAUCACCAGCUGCAUUGUCAGCCCACUUAGUUUCUCAUGUUCAAGAAGAAGAAAAACACAAGAAAAAAAGAGACACAGGAAAGAGGAAGCACUCAGAUCCUGCUGGUGCAAUAGGAACUUUUGCACAAGCUUCUCUAACUUCUUCCGGGCCUUCAAAAUUUAAAGCUUUUAAUGCAAAUGAUCAUGCAUACCUGAAGUUGUGUCAGCCUGUUAAUGAAAAUUUACUUGACAUACAUUUACAGACUUCCGAGGAAAAAGGGGGAGGUGAUACAAUCAGUGACAUUCUAUAUGAUAUUCUUAGAAGUGGUGGUCUGGCUGAUAGGGAUACAAAGGAUGAACUACAAAAAUUACAGGAUAAAUACCUUGCUCUUGAAAAUCCUACUUCGCAACGUAGUGGAUACAAAAGGGCACAACAUCAAACUCUUCAUAAGCUUGGAAAGCGUUCCCAGAAACAUAUGUCCAUGCGACAGCAUCGACAUUUUGGAUCUCUUGACCUUCCUAAGAAGAAUCAAAAGUAUGAUCUGUACUUACCAAUGCAUGAAAUGUGGAAAGAAUACAUAGUUGAUCUCCUAAAAAAUGGAAGGCAAAAGAAUAUUGAGUAUUUUCUUCUGACAGCAGACUUGCAUGGAGCAAUUUUGGCUGUUGUUGAAAGUAAAAUCAAAAGCUUUAUAGGUGUGCAAGGCAUCAUGAUUCGAGAAACAUUAAAUACAUUUGGAAUCAUGACAUCAGAAAAUAGAUUUCGAGUGGUACCAAAGAAGGGCUCUGUAUUUAUGUUUCAAGUGGAAUUCUGGCGAGUUAUUCUCCAUGGCGACAAAGUAUCCACCAGGAAUCUCAAUCAAGAUGUUGAGUGAUCUUGACAAACCAAGACACAUCAUCUUUUUGACAGAAUAGAAAAGGAAAAAAUUGCAGGCAAGGAAGUAAAAAUUUGGUGCUUAGUAACAGGGUUGUUUAUUUGCAUGGUAGUUUUGAAAGAAUGGUUUCAACUUCAAGCAUGUAAAUAACUGUUUGCUUAGUCAUAAUUUUUUAAUUUAUUGGAAUGCUUUUAUUAAGGUUAAUAUUUUUGUGUGCUAUUUUGAUCAUUAAGUACACAAUUGCGAUGAAUGUUUGUUUUGCAAUAUGUUUUGGACUACUCUGUUAAGUGUCAUAAGCCUUCAGGUUUGUAUUAAAAUCAAGCAACAAAUUUAAUCUUUUUCAUUUUGAUGAAUAUUCAAAAUGCUUUUCAUUAAUUCCCAAGGAGGCAACUUGACUCCAAGGUUUGAGUAA